GGUAAAAUUCUCUACAAAGUACGGUGGAAAGGAUAUACCUCUGAUGAUGAUACCUGGGAACCAGAGGUUCAUUUGGAAGACUGCAAAGAAGUGCUGCUCGAAUUCCGAAAAAAAAUUGUGGACAAUAAGCCCAGACCUCUUAAAAAAGACAUACAGAAACUGUCUUUAAAUGAUGAUGUGUUUGAAGCAGACUCUGACAGUGACUGGCAAAGUGAAACAAAAGGUGAUAUUUCACCAAGGAAGAAAAAGAAGAAGUCAAAAGAUGGAGAGGAUAGAAAUCCAGAUGACCUGAAGAAGAAAAAGUCUAAGUCUGCAAAACUCAAAGAAAAACCCAGAACAGAAUGUGAAAAUUCCUCCGAUACUUUGGUUUUAGAUUCAAAACCAAAAAAAAGGACUUCGGAAACAAAGGAGGAUUCAAAGGACCCAAAGAAGCAAAGGAAAGAAGAUACUAAAGAAAUCAAGAAGAAGAAGGGAGAAGUUAAAGACUUAAAAAUAAAAUCUAAAGAAGAUUCUAAAGAAAGUAAAAAAUCACGGAAGGAGAAGCAUGGAGAUGUUAAUUUUGACUCAGAAUCAACUACUCUAGACGAUGUAUUUUCUCAAGGAACUGAUAAUGAAAAUUCAGACUUAAAUUCUGAAAGUAAAGAUGAGAAGCAGAAGGUAGUAAGUGGAGAAGAGGGAUUGGAACAAGAAAUUGCUGAAAAAGAUUCCAUUGCUGAUAGGCAUCUUGAUGGAUCAGCAAGUAAUGAAGAUGAUAGUAUUGAUGUUAAGGUUAAAAGAAAGAAGAAAAAAAUUCAGAAAGCUGAAGAUUAUAAAGAGGAAGAUAGAAAAGUGGAAACUCAGGAUUCCUAUUUGGAGAAGAAGAGCAUGCACAAAAAGCAAAAAGGUCAAGAAAAGGUAAAAAUGGUACCAGGAGAGUUGGAGAAAACGUCACCUGCUCCUUCACCAGUGCAGAAAAGUUUGAAAUUGAGUACUGAUGAGAGAGGGCGCAAGUCCAGUGAUUCAGCUGGGGAGGAGAAAGAAGUAAAGAAAACUGAAACAAAAGAAAAAUCUCAAAAAAAGGAGCCUGAGAAAGAAGAAAAGAGCAGAAAAGAGCAAAAGGGCCUAAAAAGCUUUAAGGACAUCAAAAGUGCAUUUGACUUGUUUAAUGUAGCUUCAGAAGAAAAAAGUGAAUAUUCUGAGAAUAACUGCAAAAGAGAAGAAUCUUCGCUAGAAUAUAAAUUCAUAGAAGAAUUAAAAUCAAAAGACAGCAAGGUGUACAAGGAAAGGAGGAACGUAAGAGAUGAAACAGACACAUGGACUUACAUUGCUGCAGAAGGUGAUCGAGAAGUAGUGGAUGUGUGUCAAAUGGAGAACUCUGAUGGCAAGCAACAAGUCUUGAGUUUGGGUAUGGACAUGCAGUUAGAAUGGCUGACACUAGAAGACUUUCAGAAGCAUCUUGAUGGAGAAGAUGAGAAUCAUGUGUCAACAGAACCAAUAUCAAGUACUCUCCUGAGGGAUGCUGUUAAAAGUGGUGAUUAUAUGACAGUAAAGAUGGCGCUCUCAUCAAAUGAGCAAUAUAAUCUGGAUCAAGAGGACUCGAGUGGCAUGACCCUGGUAAUGCUUGCUGCUGCUGGUGGGCAUGAUGACCUUCUCCGAGUCCUAAUCAGGAAAGGAGCUAAAGUUAAUGGUAGACAGAAAAAUGGAACAACUGCAUUGAUACAUGCAGCUGAAAAGAAUUUUCUAACAACAGUAGCUAUACUUCUGGAAGCUGGGGCAUAUGUGAACAUGCAGCAGAGCAGCGGUGAAACUGCUUUAAUGAAGGCUUGUAAAAGAGGGAAUUCGGAUAUAGUGCGGCUGAUGAUUGAAAGCGGAGCAGACUGCAACAUUCUGUCAAAGCAUCAGAACAGCGCGCUGCAUUUUGCGAAGCAAUGUAAUAAUGUACUGGUGUACGAGCAGCUCAAGAGUCAUUUGGAAACGCUCUCGAGAGUAGCAGAAGAUACCAUCAGGGAUUAUUUUGAAGCUCGUCUUGCUUUGCUGGAGCCAGUCUUCCCAAUUGCGUGUCAUCGUCUCUGUGAAGGGCCAGACUUCUCUACGGAUUUUAACUAUAACCCCCCACAAAAUGUGCCAGAAGGAUCUGGAAUUCUUCUCUUUGUUUUCCAUGCAAAUUUUUUCGGUAAAGAAGUCAUUGCUCGGCUCUGUGGACCAUGCAGUGUACAAGCUGUGGUUUUAAAUGACAAAUUCCAGCUCCCUGUAUUUUUGGAUAGUCACUUUAUUUAUUCCUUCAGCCCUACUGCAGGCCUUAACAAGCUUUUUAUACGGUUGGCAGAAGCUCCUACUGCCAAGGUAAAGCUGCUAAUUGGAGCGUACAGAGUGCAGCUGCAGUGACCUCACAGCUGCCGUGUGUUCAGUGGGACUGACACUUUUUUGGAUAUACUUCUGAUUCCUUUGUUCAGAGACUGACAAAGCAGUUUGGAACUUUUUUGGCACCACUCUCUUCAGGCUAAGUCCCAUCUCGCUGUGGCUCGUUGGCAGUCGCACAGGACAGUGUGUUGGAGAGCAGCUGAACACGCUGCGCUGGUGGGACAGGGUUAUCGGCUUUUUUUACUUUGUACAGAUGUAGAUGUAAGUAUUUGUGCCAAUACAUGUAAUUCUGUUUUUCGUUAACUUGUGGAGUCCAGACUGCAUAUUUCAGCUUUUCCACAAUGUGGAAUGGUGCAUAUAAGAACUAUUUAAGGUAACUACGUGAAAUUUCUUUUUUAAUAGAAAGAUCUUUUCCAUUUGUAAACUAAAAUUUUCUACUUACUCUUUAACUGUAAUGUUUCUAUGUAAAAUGCAGAAUUGUCAUAUUCUUGGAGCUGUG